AUGGCGCUCCUUUCGUUUCGAUGCCGAAACUCAGCAGACCUGGAGAGAUUAUCAGAAGAGCAAAAGGGCUUGCGAGUUACGUCACAGCUCAACGAGAAAGAGUUAAACAGUCCUGCCAGCGGGUGGACUUAUAGGCAUUUAAUUGCCUAUCACCUUCUUACCAGCCCAGCGAAGCCCUACCUGACGAUCUUUAAAACCGACCACGACAACGAGUGCCCAGUCUGCAAGCCUCAUAAGCCAUGUCGGCAAAGGCUUGACGGGGUUCUGACUGACGAUCCUUGUCCUCGAAAUCUGUUCCAAUGCACAGAAUCAGAGCUUAUGCGCCUUCCCAAUGGGGCUUUCUGGGUCGCACUUGCACGGGCAACUCGCCCCGAACCGCUUGGCGACGAAAGAUCGCACCCCCAACGAGAGAGAAAGCCGGUGGUAAGAAACGAUCAAAUGGAUUCCAGCACCGUCAUUCCAGGGUCCUCCUCGCCUACGAUGCCUUCGUCGUCCGAAUUCGAGGUUUCUUUAAAUAUCGAUGGCAUCGACGAGGAUGAGCAUGAAGCGCGCCGGAGAAAGCCUGAGGAAGUGACCGUACAUCUUGUCAUUUGUUUCCUCCAACUUUUCCUCAAUCUCUGGCUCGUGCAGGACCCUCACGGAACCACAGAAGUGCGACCGCGGAUAGAAUGCAGAAGGUCGGAGAUUCGUACCGGAGCAGGUAGCGUUCUCGCCGAAGACGACGGAGGGAUCUGUACGAUGGUGCGGAAGGCUGGGGGGUGGGCAAUGAAGCAUCCAUUCCUAGCCUUGCUUGAAGCAAAAAGGGCUUUCAAGCAGAUUUACUUCGACGAGCAUACCGGAGAGGGCAAGCCAAUUGCCUCGAAUGAGACCCUAGCUCAGUGCCUCGGCGAGGCAGUUGUUACAUGGAGAGCAAACCCAGAUUACUCCCAGCAAGACAUCUUCAUGAUUGCAGCAACUAACAGUUUCCUGCGUUUCAUGCACUUUAGGCGAAACGCACUAUGCCAUAUCCUAGCGCUGUUAAGAUGGCAUGAUGCCCACAGCACCCUUGAACUUUCUGAGGGACAAGAAGAUACUGAUGACUCUAUGGAAGAGGAUAUCGAAUAA